AUGAGUUAUGUUAUAAUCGAUUCUUCGUCCGAGUCUGUUAAAAGAGAAUUACAUAUUGAUGCAGGAGAUCAUGAAUGUUGGUUUGAACGUGCGUGUGGAGAAUGCACUCAAUCUCAGAAAAGUGCAAAUAAUGUAGAUUAUAUUCUUGAGUGGAUACCAUUUGAACAAUUUUAUGAUAUAAGAGAGAUAGACAAAGGUGCAUUCAGCAUAGUGUAUUUAGCAUAUUGGAUGGAUGGGCCGUUGUUUAAGAAAGCUUUUCCGGAUAAAGUUUCUUUAAAAAAAAAUGAAAAAAGAUUUAGAAUAUUUUAUCGGGAAGGUCAUAUAAAAGUAAUGUUGAAAAAGCUUAAAAAGUCACAAGAUAUUUCAGUAGAGUUCAUUAACGAAUUAAAAGUUCACCACAAACUUUAUUGUAAAGAUUUACUAAAGAGUGUUAUUCGUCUAUUUGGAAUAUCUAAAGAUCCUAGGAAUGGAGAAUUUUAUAUGGUUUUAGAAUAUUGUGAGCAUGGAAACAUGAGACGUUUAAGUUGUAUACACAAGGAAGGGUUCACUCACAAUGACUUACAUGGCGGCAAUUUGUUGUUUACUAAUCCUGGCUAUGGAUUUGACCUAAAAAUUGCAGAUCUUGGACUAAGUGGACCAGCAAAUCAAACAAGUAAGAAUCUUUGUGGAUACUCAUCUCUUGACGAAUUUGCGGAAGAUGUAUGGGAAUUCAAACUCAAAAUGUUUGACAUAAGCUGUCAAGAAAUAAAUAAUAAAAUGGAAGUACACCCAAAGGCGAUCUAUACAAGUCAAAUAAUAUCUGAUCUUACGAAAAACAUUCAAUGGGAGUCAAAUGGGUUAGCUCGAG